AUGACCUCUGAAUCUGACGUCGCCUGGAUUAUUACCGGCGAAGAAAGGACACAAUAUGAUGCAUUAUUUUAUAGCCAAAACCCUGUUGAUGGUCUGUUGACUGGUGAGAAGGUCAAAGGCUUAUUUCUACGUUCUAACAUUCCUGCACACCUUCUCAGCAAGAUAUGGAGAUUAUCUGAUGUGAAUCAUGAUAAUCUGCUGGAUGUGGGUGAGUUUGCAAUCGCCAUGCACCUCAUUCAUUAUCACCUUCGUGGUAAAGAUCUUCCAUCAUCACUGCCACAGUGCUUGGUACCUGAACCACAACCAUUGAACAAUGUGUCUGUCAUGACAGAAAAGGAAAGGGAAAUUUAUAGACAAGUCUUUGAGAAACAAAAUAAAGACAGUACAGGCUAUAUUACAGGUAAUCAAAUUAACGGUUCGUUACCUGUAUUAUCACUACUGCCUCCUAAAGUGUCUUCAAACAGUAUAGAAGGAAAACAAAGAAAAAUUGCUGAGAUUGAAAUCAAGAAACAGAAAUUGUCAACAGUAAGAGAAAAAUGUAGGAUAGAAUUGGAAAAAGAAAUUAAGAAAACUGAGCUUGAGAGGGAGAAAGUGAGGGUGAGAAAAAGGAGGUUGGAAGCACAGAAAGACCAGUGGUAUGAAGAAGGUACAAUUAAACAACUGAGUUCUAUUGAACAAGAAGAAAAACUACUUAAAAAUGAUUUACAAAACUUAGAGCAACUAGAGGAUUGUGUAAAAAAACUGACUACAGAAAUUGAUACAAUAUUACAAGAAGCGGCAAGAUUAAACUUAGAAGAAAAAAGACUCUUACAUGAAAAACACUUCUAG